AUGAGAGACGACUACACCGAGUGGGAGCGCUACUCGCAUCCUAACCCAGAUGAGGAAGACCCCCCCCCCCCCCCCCCCCCGACUCUGGACGAAAUACAAACUCUGCAAGAAUUUGCUGAGCGCUACAGCACAUCCGAUGCUAUACCAGCAGAUGACGCUGCUCGCAAGCUAAUGUCGCUCGCUGACGAGGACCGCGUAUUAUUAUUGGAUGCCGAUAUCGAUAUGCCGCGCUAUCAGCCUGCCGUUCUCAAGCUGGUUGAGGCUAUUCGCGCGCUUCCUAAGCUGGAAAGAACCGAGACGCAGAUCAGUACCGGGCCGUUUCGAGGACAAAAUUAG